CGGAAGAAAAAAGGUUGAGAACCACUGGCUUAGGCUGAUUGCAAAAAACCACCCAGCAGGAAUUAUUUUAUGGUUAUUUUUAUGACAAAACAACACCAAAUUUUGUUUUGUUCGAUUUUUUGUUUACCCUCCCGCAAUGGCAGCGCGGGCCAUAGAUAAUGAAGCCAGGGUUUGGACUACCCUGAUCUAGCCCAUGUGGGGAAUCUUCAUAAUUAUAAUCCUUAUCAUCUUUAUAUGUUUUUCCAACCUUGUAACAAUUUCAUGCAGCGUUGACAUCCCUAUUCCUACCUUAAUCAAAUAAUGUAUAACAGCAGUGAUAGAUAUGAGGUAUUCAUAUCAUCUCACUCAGUAAUGAUUUUAGUGCAUUUUUUUGCAGAGUAGAAACAAUUAAUUCUGAAUACAAAUAGUUGUUUCAUUAGUGCAGGUGAUUGUUUCCUUCCAGUUGAGUAAAAAAAUCCCAUUACAGUUAUUAUUAAGUAUAUCAAUGAGCAGCACUUCUUUUUCUAUGUAAAAUACAGUUCACUAAGAGAUUUUGCUUUCAGUAUUAGUUUAAUAACUUCCUCAGAUAGGUAUUAUAAAACAUACUGUGGUUAAGAGAGGAGCAUUAUCACCUGCUGUUAGCCAGCCAGUACAAGAAGGAAGAAAAUGUCAUCAGAUGAAGAACAUAUCAAAAACUUAUAUCAGAAAACUGUAGACGUUCUAAGGCGUCAUGGUGUGUAUGAAUUAGUCAAAAAACCCAGGACUUUGUAUGGCCUUCUUGGAUUCUUUUUAAUGUGGAUUGCUUCUGGUUAUUUUGCAUCACUCAUCUGCAAUGCCAUAGGCUUUGUUUAUCCUGCAUACAAAAGCGUUAAAGCAAUCGAGUCGAAAGACAAAGAUGAUGAUACAGAAUGGUUGAUGUACUGGGUAGUCUUUGCCACAUUCAGUGUUGUAGAGUUCUUCUCUGAUAUUUUCCUCUCUUGGUUCCCAUUUUACUUUCUUGCAAAGUGUGUGUUCCUGCUCUGGUGCAUGGCUCCUGGUGGAUACAAUGGAUCAUCCAUGAUCUAUUUCAAAUUCAUUCGCCCAUUCAUCUUGAAGAAUGAAUCUGUCAUUGACAAUGCUCUGAAUGUUGUACAAGGAGGAGCCAAAAAGAUUGCUGAUGUCGCUACCAGUGAAGCUAAAGAUGCUGCUGCUGCUGUCGCCGCCGAAGUCGUGAGCGAAAGUCUGAAGAAAGACGAGUAAAACUUUUCCCAUCAGAAGCAUUUUCAUUUUAUCAUAUUUGACAUAGUCUUCAAAAGAACUUUUUUUUGCUUCGCACAAAACUAGGACAGAUAGAUGUGUUAUGUUUCUUUUUUUUUCAAACUUAUUUAUGAUAUGAUUGAUGUUCAGUUCUUGUUGUCAGGUAGAAAAUAUUUAACUGUGAUAAUUUGAUUGAUUUUAAGUUUUAAGAAAGUGCAAAGACAUUGUUGAGCUAAAUCACUAACCAUUACUGCGUGAAUUUUCAGUUUUAUUUAGGUUAUAUGUCUAUAUAUCAUAAGUUUUUUUAAGUUACUCGAAUGUUGUAUCAUAAAUAUUCUAUUAUAACUGUUUGUAAGCAUAAGUACAGAAUGUGAUGCUUCUUAUGGACGUAUUUGCAUGCAUAUUUAUUUGUCUUGGUACUGGUAAGACUAGAAAUUCCAGAUGGCAUUCAUUCAAUUUGUUUUGAUACAAUAUUUAGCAUGUGUAAUUUUUUUCACCAGUUAUAUUUAUCAGUGUUGCGCUCGCUGGGAGUAAAAUGUAGUGAUAUUCAAUGACAAUACCAAUGCUUAUUAAAUUUGCACACAUAUUAAAUACUCCCCUCCAUAUUAAAAAUUCGAACUUGGCCAUGAAAAUCAUAAAUUGUCACUCACUUUUAGUAAUCAAAUCGCGAAUGACAUGCGUCUACCUAAUGCUAGGCAAGCUACCUUUCACUUGUAUUUGAAUGAAUGUAAUAUACACUAGUGAUAGCUAAAUUUGUUCUCGUACAUAUAUACUAAGGACUAAGUCACUGCAUGGUUAUCAGUCAUUCUUUAAUUUGUUGAAUUAUUUAAGCAGAGUUAAUUAAAUAAAGCAAUGUGUUCCAUAUAA